CCCCAAAGUGGCCCCGUUCCUAUCCACCGAAUUUAACCCUUUUUAGCAGGGAAUGCUGCCCGGCAGCCUAGACAUCAGAGCAGCUCGCACCAUGCCAACAUACCACCAUAAACGCAACAGCAGCCGGGCAGUCGAGAGAACUCCUGGAGCCGUGGGUGCCUGGGUGGCUAGCUGUAGGUCUUCCUUCUUGCUUCCCUACACAUCCGAUCCCUUACCCUAGGGGCACAUCUCGCGCUCUUGCGCUGCGACGGCGAAUUGGCAAUGAGUGAGCAAGACGGGCAGCACGUCGGGGGCAGCCCGCCGGACGCGGCCAUCGAGUCCUUCUCACAGCUCCCCUUCGUGCGCCCCAAGCCCCCGCAGCCGGCGUCCUCGUCCAGUCCGUCGUCGAUCCGGCUGUUCGGCUUCGAGGUCCCACCCGACGCCGCCACGUCCUCCACCGCAACCAGUGACGCUACCGCCGCCAGCGCCACCGUAGCGGGCCAGGCGGCGGCGUCGGGCGCGGCGGGUGCAGGUGCAGGUGCAAGCGAUGGCACCGGCGGAGGGCGCAAGUUCGAGUGCCACUACUGCUGCCGGAACUUCCCGACGUCGCAGGCGCUGGGCGGGCACCAGAACGCGCACAAGCGGGAGCGGCAGCACGCGAAGCGCGCGCAGUACCAGAGCGCGAUGGCCAUGCAUCACGCCCACUACCCAGGCCACCCCCACGCGUACCCCGCCUUCACUAGCUACCACCAGCAGCAGCGCUUCGGCAUGGCGCGCUACGAGCCCCCACCGCCGGGACCGCCGCCGCACUACCCCUCGUGGUCCCCGCAGGCUGCUCCGCCAGUGGUGCCCAGAUACUACGGCAGGGCCUGCUCCCUGUCGCAGCCCAUCAACGGCAGCCCCAUCCCGGCUGCCGCUCUCUGGCGGGUCCCGGCCGUCACCGCGGCCGCGCCACUGGUGCGCCAAGAGCGGCCGACGCCGCUGUCCUUGGGCGGACGUGACGAGGAGGAGGCAAUGACAGGAGCAAGAAGAGGGAACGUCGUAGCUGCAAGACAGGUAGGCUCGCGCUCUUCCUCCUCGUCAUCCACGGCGUCGCAGCACGAACGCCGCCGGGCAGGUGCUGCUGAGAACAGAGAGAACGUGAGUCUGGAUCUCACUUUGUAAUUCUAGACGAACAGUGGGUGUUAUCAUUUAGCGGGUUCGUGCAGACUGAGAAAACUAUUAUUCUCUAGCUCUUGAAUUUGUUUAGGCAGUGGCCUUCAGUUGAGAGACUCAUUUGUUCGAUUUUUAUCUAAUUCUUGGGUUCAAUUUCUUUUUGAAAAAUGCGAGACAAAUGAAUGGAAAAAAAAAACUUGGGGCC